GAUUUGUUUAGUUUUAUCAUAUGAUAUUUUCGAUUUAACAAAAACUAAUUUUUCAAGAAUAUUUAUUCGUUAAAACUGAUAAAAUGGCCCAUUUUAAUUUAUUUGUCGUUCUGGUCGCGUCUCUGGCGUGCUUCACAUUGGCGGAAGAAAAGUACACAACUAAAUUUGAUAACUUUGACGUAGACAAGGUGUUGAACAACAACAGAAUUUUAACCAGCUACAUCAAAUGCUUGUUAGACGAAGGAAAUUGUACCAACGAAGGCCGAGAACUGAGGAAAGUUCUACCAGAUGCAUUAAAAACUGACUGCAGCAAAUGUACCGAGGUACAAAAGGACAGAUCAGAAAAAGUGAUUAAGUUUUUGAUCAAGAACCGUUCUAGCGACUUUGAUCGUUUGACCGCCAAAUACGACCCAUCGGGCGAAUACAAGAAGAAGCUCGAAAAACUCGACUCAGAAAAGGCUGCAGGUGCUAAAAAUUAAUUCAUUUCAUUCUUUAUUAUUUCUUAAACUUUUCCUAUGCAUUUUCCGUUGUAUUUGAUCCAGUACAAAAAGAAUGAUGUAUUUCUUUCUACUUAAGGUAUUUUAAUAUAAUUUAAUUAUAUGCUUAUAAAAAUUAGAUUUAAUAUGU